GCACACAAGGGUCACCCGCACGCCUCCGUGCCGCAUCGCGUCCGCAAAGGCUUCCACUCAAGCGAGCAAAGGCGAUCGUCGAUAGCAGCCUCACACUACAUCACAUUCCCUCUUCUCAACACCCUCACCUUUGCUACGCCUGCACAUGCUCCACCUGUCCAAGAUGGACUGGGCGCACCAUCAUCGCAGGACCUCCGCAGCCAGCGUCUUUCCUGACGCAGCAUCGCCGUCCUCACCCGUCUAUCCGGCUUCUUCCUUCAGUCGCAGCGCCGAAGUAUACUCGCAGUGCAGCCCCAAUGACAGCAGCGACGUGUUCACUUGCAGUCCACCAUCCCCCUUCACCACAGCCUCCCUCUCUCACCAUGCCAAGGUACAGCACCGCAUCUCUGGCUCCACUGUGCGCUCCUCGAUGAGGUCCACUCCCUCUCGAGGAAGCGUAAGCGAUUCAAAGGGUCUCCUCGCCUCGACGCCCCCGGCUACCGCCUCCGGCCUGAUCCGGAGAACCAGCAGCGGCAGCGCGUCCGUCGCGUCCAUUCGAGCCACCAGACAGAUCUCGGGACCCAUCUUCACAAGUGCAUCCAAUGGCAUCGACCUCACAGCAGCCGAGGCGCAAGAACAGCGAAGGAAUUCGCUCUCGGACAGCAGACCUUCGAGUCUCAAGCUCGGGCCCGCUUCGCCCCUCGCUACCUCGCCCGAGAGCAGUAGCAUCCCCCGCCGCGGCCGACUUUUGUCGACGGCAUACGAGGAAGACGCACAGCCUACGACGCCGCGCCAUCGCGACAAUAAUGCUCCCCUCAAGAGCAAAUUUUCACAGUCACCUGCGCCGACGCCUGCUCCCAAGCCGAUUCCAGUGCCUCAACGAUUGGACUUUCUUCGCAAAUCCUUCAGCGAUCGAGCCAGGCCUGAUGUCAAUGCAUUCUGUGAAGGCACCGAGGGUCCCAGAAGCGCGUCACCUACCUUUUCCAUCAAAGCUCGUACGCGAAAAGUUUUGGGUGCGCUCAAUGUCAACAUCCCCAGAGGGCUAGUCGAUCCAGCCAUUGCAAGUCCCUCUACGCCAAUAUUUCGCGAUGACAGACACGCUAACGAGCGUCCUGCACAGGAUCACAAUCGACGCUACUCGGCAAACGCACUCGCUCAAGCAGGACAAACUCUUGAGCUACCUCAGGCUAUGUCCUUCUCUCCUCAAGAACGCCAUUGGCCAGCAUCUGCUGGUCACAUGCCCAUGAGCUGGCCUCACGACGAGAAGGCUGCUGAACGAACCAAUAGCUCGUCGAGCGGCAAACCACCGGUGGAACAUAUGGGAGGUCUGAGGAGAGCAAUGCACAAGUCCACGUCGCGAUUACGAAGCAGACUAGGAAGCAAGCCACCUCCAGCUGAAGCGUCACAAGAUUCUGCCUCGGUACCUUCCGAGCCCUUGCCACUUCAAGCAAAGAAUCUCGCGUCCGGUACAUCGCAAGACCACGUCAGCGAGGCGCGAGCAUCAAAAGAGAAAGAGUCGGACGUUUGUGCUGCCACAUCCGCAGCCCAAGUGACAGGCAAGCAAAGCCUACAAUCCCCGCCAGACUGCAGUGGAAGCUUGCCAAAGGGUUCUGUCGAAUCGCAGCACAGAACAUCGAUCGAGCAGAUGGCUGAUGCGCCGGCGAGCAAAGAAGGCAGCCCUCGCAAACCACCUCCCAUGCGGCGCUUGAGACUUCUCGCCCGUAGCAGUCCCAAGAAAGCCAUACAGAGACCUUCCUUCGGGCCGACUCCACGGCUAUCUAAUCCUCCGGUCGUAUCGACUGCACCUCAGCGUUGUGCUCCUGUGUCCGUCCGCUCAAGCUGGAUUGAUCUUGCUGACGAGGUGCACUUCGAUGGCGCUACUGCCGCCAAUGGCAAAGACAAGGCCAGUGGCGGAAGCCAAGCUUGGUACAGAGGCUGGAGACCUUCCAGCAAAGGAGCACCAAGAGAAGCGCGAGCGACCCUCGUACGACCGCCACCAUCGAGCUACCGUGCUGUUGCGACCACGGCUCCUUCCGCCUACGCUCUACCAGAGCCUCCACCUUUCCCCAUCUCCAUAUUGCGAAAGGGGUCUGUAGACAAGCCUCAGCCUGCACAACCUGUCGAAGAAAUACCAGAACAAGAGACAGAAGAGACAAAGAGUGGCAUCCCUGCAAGCCGAAAGCCACCUCCUGCGCGACCUCUUCUUUUGCCUACUAUGCAGAUGCAGACAGGUCGCCCUACUUUCGACAACCGCGCUCAGAAUUACACAGCUGUACCUACUACGAACACUGUGCAGCUGGGACGUUCAGAGUCGCUGAGACGUUCACGACGCAGCGAAGUGAGCAGUAUGGCAACCCUAAGACAGGAAGAUGUCGGUCGUCCAUCGCCGAAGAGGACGCGAAACCCAGCGUCGCAGCCAACUCUCACCUCUCCUUUGCGCUCGCCACCUGGACGUCCUAUCGCGCCUCUGCCACCUCCACCGUCUGCCCGUCGCAUGGGCGACUCUUUGCCCAUUCCUCCUCGAGCAGGCAGCGGUCGAGCCCGUGCUCGGGCCAGUACCGUCAGCAGUGCUUCGUCCAUGGACCCAUCUCCUCGUGAAUUGGAUGGAGAGCCCACAGCUACCAGUAUCGGCACGUCCAUCCUCUUUGCAGAUGUCGAGAUGGCCCUAAGCAGGCUGGCUGUAGUGGAUGCAGCGCCGAGAAGUGAUGCUAGACUGAGGGGAAGCAAGAAUACAAUGGGCACCCCCUCUAGACUGUCUCCUUCCGCAGCCAUGACUCCGCAACCCUCUGCGGACGAGAUCCAUCUCGCAGCCGUGCUCGCACGUAUGCUAUGCAGCCAGACUCGACGCUCUGCAGGCCCUCAGCGCAGUGCUUCUCCUUCGGGCGGCAUACGUAAGCUGCUCGAUUCGGUCAACGCUGCAGACGGCAGUCACGAUAGUCAGAUGGAUACUUCUGAGGCUACAGAGAUCUUGUCUGAGCUCGUGGCUCGCUUCAAGAAUUCUCCUAUGCCGACACCCAGUCGCUCAAUCAGUAGGCGGAACGGCAGUGCCACCUUGCGCACGCCCGAGAGGCGAGCACGUCGCCCAGCACCGGGUAGCGCUGCGCCAGGUAGUCGUGGCAGCUUGACGCCUGAGCAGUGGAGAAUGGAAGAGAGUCAACGCUUCAGUGAUGCGACUUUUGCCAACAGCGUCCUCUCCUAUGCAUCGACGCCUCUUAGCUCCAGCACGGAAGACUUGACGAGCCUCAUCGAUGGUAUGAUGGAAGCCUCUGAGGGAGAAGCGUCGCUCAGCGCUGCCGAUACGACGCCUGGUAUUCCUGUGUAUGAUGGCCCUGCGACCCAUCAUCGCCAGCCUCCGUCUUCGAGGAAGCGCAAAGAGUCUGGCUCUUCAGCCAAUUACUUUCUCUCGCGAGCAGAAAGGGAUCAAGUCAUGUCGCCCAUCCCUGAAGGCGGUGUCAAAAGUCAUGGUCCGAUGAGGGGCACUCCGCAUUCUUCUGCAUCGGGACGAGAGGCAGUCUCUGCUAUUCUGGAUCUGUAUCAACAACAGAGAGAAGCAGGUUCGUCUCCUACUUACAGCUCUGGUCGAGCUGGAAGUACUCUCAAGCAGCAGGGUGUGGGCAGUGCACGUGUACCGAGAUCUUCCCUCAGUCCUUCUUCGCGCAGUCCUCGUAGUCCUCACUCCAUACGCUACGCUCGCCGAGGCCAACCAGCUAGUAACCGCAAUGGCUCUAGGGGCUCGAUCAGACGAGCAACCGAUGUCCAGAGCCGCGUGAGGAAUUUGGACCUCACGAGAGCUGCAGCCCGAGCUCGUCAAGACUCGAUGGCUUCAUCGACCCGCCCCUCUACUGAGCCUGACGACACCUUCUCCAUCACUGGACCUAUGUCGGCUGGCAGGGCGGCUCACGUCAGACAGCAGACCUAUGCUCAACACGAUGUGCUUGUUUACAGGGUCGAGACAGAGUCCACGGCAGAGGAAGAGGCACUAUUCCGAGAACUUCAGCACAAGCCUCAGCGACGCCUUUUCCAGCCACCAGCACCCCUCACACCUCCUGUCUCAGGAAGAGAAGGCAAUGAGUCCAAGCCCUGGAUGAGCGGAAAGCACGCUUGCUCCGUCACCUUGACUCCUCCCGACUCUUCGGACCGCAUUACUGCCGAUCUACCACCGCUCAAGUCCUCAGCUUUGCAUCACUCACGCACGUCUUACACCUCGCAGUGCGAUACGAUGCUCUCCCCCAAAGGAGGACUUUUCAAUCUGCCCUCGCUGGUGAUCACAGAUGCGGAUGUAGAGGCCAAGUGUCGAUCGCUGAGUACUACGCCUGCUAGAGAGCACAGUAAAGUCAAAGAGGUACCUACGACCGCGGAUGCAGCCGUACCUCCCACUGUAGCUCAGACGGACUCUCCAUUUCGAGCGCAGGGAAGUGAUAUCAUGCGAGCAGGCAUCAGCACAAGUACAGGCACAAGCAAGUCUCAGCUGGCCUAUCGCGACGAGACUUCCUGUAACCCUCGAGUAGAUUCAGAUGACGAGUCCUCCUCCUCUUCUUCAUCUUCCUCCUCCUCUUCCGAGUCUGAAGAAGAGGGCGACGAUAUCGCAGGCUCGUGCGAUACACACUCUGGCGGACACUUCAAGUACGAGAUUGGGCAUGGACGCCGGGCGUCGGUGAGGCAGACGACUGAGCUGGGGAGGGUCACGUUUAGCUUGAUGAGCCCGCUGAGGGAAGAUGAGGGUCCACCAAGGUGGAGCGUGCAGGGCGAGAAAGCAGCAGGGGAACGGGGGGAAGAGGAGCUGAAGGGGAGUGGGAAUGGGAUGACGGGUAAUACCACUCCCGCAAAGCAGUGAGAGCUGCUCCGUCCAGCCAAGUCACCCACUCUCAACAGUCGCCACCCUAGCAUUCACACCGACGAAAACCACAAGAUUGUCAAAUGACACUACAUCUUCACCCCUUCUGCAACCAGAUUCUUCCCCCUCAACCACAGCCACAA